UCCUCUUUCGCAGAAGUCACGUGACUUGAGCGGUUUGACAAGCCCAUCAUAACUGCCCUGAAUCACUGCUUUCAUUCACUUUGGAUGCGACCAGACGUGACAACAGUAUGAGGAACAAUCCCUUCCCUUUUUGGCUUUUAUUGUUCGCGUAUGGUGUGUUUGGUGCUGAUGGAGUGAAGUCAGUGUCAGUAUCAGUGAUGGUGGGAGAUUCUGUAACUCUACACACUGAUGAUACUGAAAUACAGGGAGUUCUGGAACUGGUCUGGAAGAUUCAAGGCGAAAAUAAAUUCAUAGCAGAGAUUGAUAAAGAAAUCAAUAAACUCUCAGUACCUGGAAAUGAUGAAGAACCAUUCAGAGGCAGACUGAAGCUGGACGAUCAGACAGGUUCUCUAACCAUCACAAACCUCACAACCACAGACUCUAGAGUUUAUGAACUACAGAUCAAGAACAGCAGAGAGACCAAAUCCAAGAUAUUCAAUGUUGAUGUCAGUGAUGUUGUGGAGUCAGUAUCAGUGAUGGAGGGAGAUACUGUCACUCUACACACUGGUGUUACUGAAAUACAGAGAGAGGAUAAGAUACUCUGGAAGUUUGGAGAUAAAGCCACCCUCAUUGCUAACUUAAACGGCGCUGUUGACGGUUGGAGAAACGUGGUUUAUCUAAAUGAUCAAAACGGACACCUCACUUUCAGAAACAUCCAAAGCAAUCAGCACGGAAAAUAUGAAGUGGAGGUCAUCUCCAGCAGCAUGGUUUUACACAGGAUAUUCCGCAUUGCUUUUAAUGGUGUUUUUAGUUUGGAUGGGGUAAAGAAAAUGUCAGUGUGGGAGGGAAAUUCUUUCACUCUCCAGACUCGCAUUACUGAUAUACCGGGAGAUGAUGUGAUCGAGUGGACGUUUGGACCUCAAAACACUUCCAUAGUAAAAACUGACAGAGAGAAAGCAAUUCUAAGAUAUAACGAAGAUGAUGUGAGAUUUACAAACAGACUGCAUCUGGAUAUUAAAACUGGAGAUCUCACCAUCAGCAACAUCAAGACUGACGUCGCAGGACUUUAUCAUAUAAAGAUCACCAAAAGCAUGUAUGCCAUACAGAAGAGCUUCAGUGUUACUGUCAGUGAAUCAGGUCUGUCUUUAGGUGUUGUAAUAGGGAUAGUUGCUGCUGUUCUGCUGGUCGUGGCUGUAGCUGCUGGUGUGAUUGUUAUGAUCUGUAAAUCAAAAGGAAAAAGUUAUAUCCAAACAGGUCAAGGGAAUUCAACAUAGUGAGAAUCCCAACAGUUACAAGUAUAUAACGACUUUGACCAUAUGAAUUGGUUUUGGAAUCACUGUUGAGCUGUGUAAAUGUUAUCAAAUCUUGGAAUAAAAGAAAAAUAGCUUAGUUUAAUUUACAGCUGAUGGUACAGUUUGCAUUGCACAUGAUCAAUGUAUUCUUAAUCUGAAUUAAAAUGUGAAAUUCAGGUGAAACAUUCUUGUUAUAAAUGAAAUGCAUGUGAAAGCAAGGCACAUUCAGGCUACCUGUCAACAUGGUCUCAGUUUCUUUGCAGUAGAACUGAUCAGAUUUUUUAAAAGUUUGUUUGGAGCAUUCACAAUAAUAUUACAAUUAACAUGAACCGCUUUCAGACCCCUGAAACAAACUAUGUUUGAAAACACACUGAUAUAGUGUAUACUACUGCAACUUUAUAUCAUCUGGAUGUCUGCCUUCUAGUGGACUAAUGUUGACUACAGGAAAGAUUCUUUGUUCAGUAGGAUAUUGUAGUAAAUGUUCCAUCCAGUCUAUUAUAUGCAAGCAUUCGAAUGCAUGUAAUAAAAAUGCACAAUAAAAUUGCUUUAAUAUUCUAAUUGA